AUGCUGAAAAUUGCAUACGUGAUUACUCUUCUCUGUGCACUUCCCAUAUGUUCGGCUGGUCGUGUAUUCACCGUGUACAAUGGCGGUGAUUACGCUGGUGUCGCUUGUAAAUAUGCUUUAGCCAAAACAGCAUUAUUUUGUGAAGAUGACUACGCCGCUUCUUACGACUGUUACUGUGACAAUAUCGAUGCCAUUGGUUCAUAUUUUUACUGUGGAUACCAAGAAACGCAUUCUAAAAGUGAAAAACACCGCAUUGAGCGCUUUUUCAAGAUCCGCUGUCCAAAUGUCACCACAGAACAAAUGAGAGCUGCCUACAAAAAUGUGUCUGACUACAUAGUCAACACCUCAACUAUUGCAAAUUUCAACAAGACAAAACCAGUAAAUUUUCCUGUCAUAUACAACAGGACAUUUUUUGAAAUCGCGUAUCAAUCCAAUAAGGUGAGAUACUCUAAUAUGAAUGAUGGUCUAUUUAUGGGCGCAGGUAUGAUUGGUUACUGGGGUCUUGUUGUCCUAUCCGGGACCAUUGUCAAUAUUAUGUCCAAACUGUCACCAAAAUUAUUGCUAAGUAUCAACAGAUCCACAUCUCAAAUGGCCGUUGUGAGAUAUUACAGAAAGUACAUUUCUCUACCGGCAACUUUCCGCACUAGCCACACGAGAAGAUCGCUCUUGGAUAGCAUUCUCCCAACAAGGCUCGAAUCCAUAAUUACAUUUGUAUUUUUCGUGAUGGUUGUGCUAUGCGAGGCCAUUGGAUAUCAUCAUGUCAAGAAUGGAACUUUCUUCCUAAAGAAGAGUAUUGGAAUUUCUUAUUACGUGGGAGACAGAACUGGUAUUAUUUCCCUAUAUCUUAUGGUUCUGACUUAUCUGUUUGCUGGUCGGAACAACAUCUUGCUAUGGAUGACUGGCUGGAAACAAUCCACUUUUGUUAUGUACCACAAAUGGAUCGGCCGUAUUCUAUUUUGCUCUGUUCUGACACAUACAUUGUCAAUGUUGACCUAUACUUUACUCAAGAAAACCCUUUACGAGUUCAGAGUCUUGGAAGACUGGUGGAGAUGGGGUGCUGUGGCAGUAGUGGCAGGAGGUAUCAUCAUGAUCCAAGCAUUCAGUUGGUUGCGUGAGCGCAGUUAUGAAUUCUUUUUAAACGUGCACAUAAUCCUGGCUGUUUUAUUCUUAGUUGGUGCCUGGCGUCACGUCGAGAUUUUCGCUUAUGGCGGUUGGGCAUACGCUACCGCUGCAAUUUGGUGCUUUGAUAGAUUCAUCAGAUUGGUGAGGAUUGCAGCAUUUGGCGUAAGAACAGCUCAGGUUAGUAUUGUUUCUGAUGAAACCUUGAAAGUGACAGUUGGUUUGAAUUCCUGGUGGCCAUUCUUCUGUGGGUCCUAUGGUUAUAUCUACUUCUUAACACACACUUCCACACUUUUCUGGCAAUCCCGUCCGUUCACUGUCAUAAAAGCCGACGAUGGCAAGCUAUGCAUUUACAUUAAGAUAAAGAAGGGCGCUACACAAUUGCUAUACAAGAAGCUUUUGAAAGAACCUAACCAAACUUGCAACGUCAAGAUCGCUGUCGAAGGACCUUACGGAGACAGAAAACCAGUGGAAACAUACGGUCACGCGCUACUCUACGGUGGUGGUAAUGGUAUUCCAGGUCCAUACGCAUAUGCAAAGGAAUUGGCAGAGGCCAAGGAACAAGCCAAGACCAAAUUCGUCAAGCUUUACUGGGUUAUAAGACACUGGUACUCCAUCGACUGGUUUUUGGAGGAGCUGAAGACUCUAGAACAUCACGAAAAUGUCCAGACCAUCGUUUACGUUACCAAAUAUCACGAAGGUAGAUUGGGCGCGCAGUUCGCUGCGAAAGAUAGUGUCGCUUCCAGUUCAUCCGACAAUGACAAUGACAAUGACAAUGAGGAAACGGAGAAAAUCUCCGCGACAACCGGCACUGCGUCUGAAAGCGGAAUAGAAAGUAUCCUGAAAGCUCUACCGCAUGUGGAAUUUAGAGAGGGCAGACCUGACAUAGCUGCUGUUGUCUCUCAGGACAUCGACGAGGCUCAAGGUGACGACGUGGCUGUGGUCACCUGUGCCCACAGCGACAUGUGUGAUGAGAUUAGAAGAAUCGUGGCUUCCAAGGUCGGCGACCGCAAAGUUGGCAGAAUCGAUCUAUUCGAAGAGCUCCAGACCUGGUAA